GCACGCCUUUCCUCGUCGGUCUUGGAGUCGGAGACCGAGCCGAUUCCCGAAUCUCGAGGCGGCGCCAGACAAAUAGCCACCGCCCAACGGCCCAGGUGCGAACCGGCCCGACUAGAGAGACCCUGCGUCCUCCUUCCUGCGCCGCAAUUCGCCCGAGCGACUUCGCGCGACUCCUUUCGCUCCCUCCUCCUCCUCCGGAUUGCGGCGCGACGGCGGCCGUGAGCGCGCGGUGCUCCUCCUCCUCCUCCUCCACGCCCUCGCGCCCAGAUCCGGCCCCCAAUGGCGAGGAACCCGGCCUGCAGCGUCUACGUAGGCAACUUGGAUGAGAAGGUCCCUGAAAGAGUCUUGUAUGAGAUUCUUAUUCAGGCCGGUCAUGUAGUAGACCUACACAUACCAUGUGACAAAGAAACUGGGCGUCCCAAAGCUUUCCGGACAAGACAAGCCGUCAUCAAAUGGCAAUAAUCCAGUAAUGCCUAAACUCAACCCUAUACCAUUACCAAAGCAGCCUCAGUUUGUGCAUUCUAGUGAUACACUUGUGUCGCAUAAACCAGCAUAUCCGGUGGUAAAUGGUGGGAUUCCACAUAAUGGUUUUUCACAAGGCUAUCAUCCUUACAAUGUUCACCCUCAAGCAUUACCACCUCGACCCGUGCAUGGGCACCGAGAGUUUGUCCAUGGUACGUAUGGUUACAACAGUCAUGUAUAUGGUUCUGUUCUGAAUGCUAGCUAUGGAGGUUAUGUUGUGAAUGCUGUUGGUCAUGGAGCUAUGAGGCAACCAAUUAUUUACCCAUCCUACUAGGCAGUAGGCACCAAAGAGCGGGAGCGGGUAUAAAAAGUAUGCAGGUUAAAUGUAGCUUCUUAGUUCCUUGAAUUCUCAGUAGCAUCUUGUUUGUACCCUUGCACUUCAUUUCCAUGCAUGUAUAUAGGGCUGGUAUAUCCGUUUUAUCAACAGUAAGUUGGCAACGGAAGGCUCUGCCCAGUACAUUGUACACCCUUUGUACUUGUCUAGAAGAUAGCCUGCUAGAUCUGUUCUCUUCCUUGGAAAAUAAAGAAAUGCAAUAGCGGGGGCUGUUGCACCCCUGCUGACUCACGUAUUAAUGAUCAUAUGCGUGGAUGAUUUGAGUUAUUCCUAAAGUGCCUUGCUAUGUACUCGAAUGAUCAUUGCUGUUACUUACCCAGCAGAUGUUGAUGUCUCGGCUCCGAGGCCCCAUAUAAUCAUAAGUUCAAGUAAACUGUCCUAUGUUUGUGUCCCUGCCUAUCAUCACAGAAUUUAACCUCCAUCAGGGACAACUAAAUUUCUGGAAUGCAAUAGCACCUUGUUGUAUUACUUGGCUCUAUAGCUUUGUUGUUUGUGAUUUCUGUGCUUAGGUGUCAUUGCUUGGCUGGUAUAUCCGUUUUAUCGACGGUAAAUUGGCAACUGAAGGCUCUGCCCAGUACAUCUCCUUCCUUUUCUUUAAUCCCUGUCUAACAGAUAGCUUGGUAGAUCUUUUCUUUUCCUGGGAAUCAAAGAAAUGCAACAUUGCUGGCCGUUUUCAUGGCCUCUGGCUCGCGGAUUAAUGAUCAUAUCAAUGGAUGAUUUGAGUUAUUAUUCUUAAAGCUCCUUGUUGUGCACUCGAAUGAUCAUUGCUCUUGCCCAGAUUUCUCAGCUCUGGAGCCACGUAUAAUUAUGAAGUCAAGUAACUUCCUGUGUUUGUGGCCCUGCUUAUCAACACAGUUGAAUCCCCAUCAUGGACAACUAAGUUUCUGGAAUGUAGGCUUACCCACCAACCCUAUAUUGUUAUUGUAUUAUACUCCCUCCGUUCCAAAUUACUCGUCGUGGUUUUAGUUCAAUUUGAACUAAAACCACGACGAGUAAUUUGAAACGGAGGGAGUAUAUACUUGGCUCAAUAGCUUCGUUGUUUUGUGAUUUCUGUGCUAAGGUGUCAUUGCUGGUUUUUGUCUUUUAGCCUAGAAACUUUGCUGUUAGGUGAAGGAUAAAAUAUGUUGCGUGGUGUGUUGACAAGUUUGUUCUUUUUCCUACUAGUGAUGUUCCACCUAUCCUCUUAUGUGUAAUACUACUAACAGGUGACUUGUUCAGAUUUGUCACUGUCCAGACCACCUAAAAACUAGCCUCUAUGUUACUCUUGUGAAAGCACUAAAUUUGACUCGUGAACGUUUUGACUCACCUAACCCCAAAGUAUCUUAUCAUCGGACGAAAAUUCUACAGCAAAAAUACUUUUCUUCUCAAAUCGCAACAGCAGACCCCUUAAAGCCUUCUCCAAGGCCGAAAACCACACUUGAAGGCAUGCAUCAUUUUGCAUCAAGAUGGCGCGCUUCUCAUUGCUUCCCUCCUCAAGUAAGUUAUCUCUAAUGCUCUCUACGUCUAGGGCUUCUUUCCUUGUCUGCUUGUUUAUCCUUUAGCCACAACCGCCGUACAAGGCACAUAUCCUCUCUGCCUUUUCUGCUGCAGCUCCAACAUUAUAUGAAAACCGAAAUCAUCUCUGCAUAAAGACUGCUACUGCAGCAGCUUUACUCUGCGCCGUUUGUCUCCAAAACUUUUGCAUCUCUCAUCUGUGAUACCAGCACAUGUUGGUUUGAAGCUGCCCCUUGGCAUUCCAAGGUCACAACCUCCACAGCCAGCCACGUACAUGUAGUCUCUCCUCGACGCAAAUCUCUUCCGAGUUUGCAUGAUCUCUCGCCGAUCAAACCCGAGCGGCUUCGUCGUCUCAAGACUGGAGGCCAUGAAGGAGGCCGCCGCCGGCGCCAGCGAAGGUGACGGCCUGGAGUCCAGCGUCUUCUUCUGCGUGGCCGUGACGUCCAGGGGCAAGGACAGGCUAUCGUACUUCCGCUCCAGCGAGGUUGGCGAGGACGCGGAGGCGUCCCGUGCGCUGGCGGCGCUCUGCCUCGACCACGCGCCGGAGCACCACCAAUGGCACCACCACACCUACGACGGCAGGCGCACGUUCGCGGUCCUUGCAGCUGACGACGGCCGCACGUACCUCGCCGUCGCGGAGCCCACGCCGGGCAGCACCGAGGUCGUCCGCUUCCUGGAGCGCGUCCGUGACACGUGCGGUUCCGCGCCGAGGAGGAGGCUGCGCGACGAAGCAGUGUCCGGCCUUGUGCGGCAGUUCGUGCAAACGCUGCAGGCCGGGAUGAGCUCCUCCGCGGCUGCAAACUCGGUGAUGCUCCCCGGCGACGGUUCAUGGAGCGAGCACACGUCCGACAAGGACGAGGAGGCGCUGCCGGAGGAAGGCGCGCCACGCAGGCGGCCAGCACGGCCCUCCUGGAGGCGCACGUGGUGGCGGCGCCACGCCAUGGCCGUGAUCGGCGUGGACGUGGUGCUGUGCCUGGUGCUGUUCGGCGUGUGGAUGGCGGUGUGCCAUGGGUUCAGCUGCGUGCAGCGAUGAAGCACAUCAUCUGAGAUCGUGAUUACGUGCAUGUGCAUACCGUCCACGAAGGCUUCUACGUCGUCUUUCUUAUUGUACUUCACCAGCUAGCUAGCGACUAGCUAGAUCCAUCUAGGGAAGAAACUAAGGUCCGAGCUUAGCUUGUUGCUGCUCGACGAUUAAUUUAAUUACCUCAUGCUGAGAAACAUAUCGAGAUAUCUCAUGCUUCGUUCAUCGUCAUGUGUAAAAUCGUGGAAGUGGUCAUCUUCAUGUCCAAAUAACAAAUGGCAGAAGAUUGUUGUGAAUUGUCAGCUCAUCUUUGGAACGAUGCCGUGUCUUUCAGCGGGUC